ACCACUUCACAAAAUGCUUUUCCUCCCAGCUGCUGCUCUGUGCUGUCUGUGUUCAGCGCUGGUUGCCAUGGCAGCACAGCUGAUUCAGGAUGAUUUAACAUUGACCAGGAGAGCUGGUGAAACAGUCUCCUUCAGCUGUCGAGGAACGGAGCAGUGUAGGACUGACUGGGUCUUUUGGUACCAAAAAAAAGAAACAUUCACAGUGCUUCUUGAGAUGAAUAGGAAAGAAUCAAAAAACUGUCAAAUGGAUAAACGUUACAAUCAUCCACAGAAAAAUGAUUUCACAUCCGAAAGAAAAGGAAACGGCUGUGAGUUGGUGAUCCAGACAGUUCAACUCUCACAUUCAGCCACCUACUACUGUAACUGUGUGAAAGGCAACGUCCGGAGCUUUCUCUCUGGAACUAAACUGUUUGUAGUUGAGCAGGUAGUGAAGCCCGUGGUGAGCGUGUACCGAGCAGCAUCCAGAGCCCACCUGGAGGGGAAGAGCUCCCUGCUGUGUCUGGCCUCAGCCAUGUCUCCUCCUCUGGUCCAGUUCUCCUGGAAAAGACAGAAGAAGAACGGCCCGCUGGAGGAGCUGACCUCUGCUGAGGGAGAGCAGCUGGAGCUCAGAGAGCCGGGACGCAGCGCCUCCAUCCUGCUGCUCCAUCAGCAAGAGGACAGCACAUAUAAAUACAGCUGCUACGUCAAGCAUGAGGGGGGCACAGUGGUGGCCCAAACAGAACAAGGUAAUGAAGGCUUGGUGACUGUCAGAGCGCUGACAUUUGACUCCUUUUCUGUUUCAGAGGUUCCAGCUCCAGCAGCUUUUGUCCCGUCUCAGUACCAGGUGCUGCUGCUCUGUGUGCUGUACACAGUGCUGAUAGUGAAGAGUCUGGUGUACUGCUGUGGACUCUCUCUGCUGAUGAUCCUCAGAAACAAGGGACCGUCCACCAACCGCACACAUGCUGACUGAGUAACUGUCCUCCAGCUUUAACUUCUCACUGACAACUGUUAAAUCCUGAAG